AUGACCGCCUUUGUGGUGGAAUCAUGGAUAUGGUACUCCGUCACCAUGUGUAUGGUUCUCUCGCGCAUGGUGUCGCGUUUACUACUCUUCAGAUCUUUGCUGCGACUCCAAAUCGAGGACUAUCUGAUGAUAUUCCUGACGUGCCUGUAUACUAUUCUGAUCGUAUUCCUCAACAUUGACCUGAACGUCUCGACGAACCUCAUCGACCCGGCGCACCCCGUUGUCUUGACACCUCAAGAAAUCUCCCAGCGGACCUGGGGUUCCAAGACUGUUCUCCUCGUCGAACAGUGCAUGUGUGCUGUGCAAUGGGGGACCAAGUGUUGUCUUCUCCUUCUCUACUGGCGCCUCACGCAGAAUCUGAAGCAAGCCCUGGUGGUCAAGGUCGCCGCAGCAUAUGUCGCCAUCACCUACAUUGUGAUGGAGAUAUUCUAUUUCGCCGUCUGGUGUCGACCAUUUCACGACUAUUGGCAGACUCCGACGAACAACGUGCAAUGCACCACCGCAUUGCACCACCUCAUCAUGAACCUGGUCUUCAACCUCAGCAGCGAUAUCCUGAUCUUGUCCAUUCCUCUCCCCCUCUUCGUCAAGGCGCAUUUGGAGCUCAAGAAAAAGAUUCUAUUGGUGUUUCCAUUCAGUUUGGGGCUGUUUACGAUGCUCUGUGCAAUUUUGAGCAAGCGCCUGAGUUUUACUCAUCCCUACAGCUCUGAAUGGGUAUAUUGGUAUUGCCGAGAAGCAAGUACGGCAAUGAUUGUCACAAACAUGCCUUACAGUUGGGCUCUGAUCCGACGAAUCUUCAAUCUACGUUCCUUCUUGGGCGAUUCAACUGCAGGCCGUCUGCAAGCAGGACAAGCGAGGGAGCUCCAUGGAUACAGCCCGGGAGCAAUCGCCCUGGACAGUCAACCGCGAUCGCGACAAGCGAGCCAAGCAGAGGGAGACCCCAGGAAACUAUCAUGGCACCGACUCAAACUUCACAAAACACGAGAGGACACGAGCAACCCCUGGGCGGCCGGUGAAUUGGCCAAAGAAAAGGAAGUCAAGGUGGAAGCCAACACUGCAUCGAGCAGUACCAGUAGUGCCGGAUCUGUUCGCAGACCGCCACCAGCAGCUAACACGGAUUGGACCUUGGAUCGCCUGUAUCCCUUGGAAGAUGAAGAGAUUACGGCCCCAGAUGUAACCCACCGGCGAUACGAGGGAGUGUGA